UUUCUCUCCUGCCUAGACUGUUUCCGUCCGAGACCGACCCUGUAAUGUUCCAAGAGUCCCCAGCUCCCUCCGAACACUUGUUUACACGCUAGAUCACGCGUCCUUUCCACUUCCAUGCCGUAUCGCUAUCACGACGACCAAGCCGGUUCUGAUGAUGUUCGUGCCGAUCAGAGUAUGUGCCGUUCCCGUCCGCUGAAGCGCAUCUAGCUCGAGGAGAUAUUAGAGAUGUCCAGACACGAACGAAGCCUGCCGGCAUCGACCCGGGGAGCCGGGCCCUCCCGCGUCUCGAACCCUCACAUCGCUGUGCCUCAUGAUCAACGCAAGCAGGAGCUUAAUAGGGAGGUGGCGAAGCUCGAUGCGGAGUUGUCGAACAUCCGGGAGGAGAUAGGGCAACUCCAAGCCCUUUCUGCCCUCCGCUCGGACGAGAGGCGAAAACUCUUGCAGGAGUUAGAACAGCUUAGUGUGGCUCCGGGCAAUGCCAAGGGCAAGAACACCGAUGGCGUUUCUGGAACGGACUACAGCUCGGACGACUUCCCUUGGUACGGAGAGCUCAAGAAUCAAAUGGAGAGAGUAUUCAACAUCCGCGAUUUUCGACUGUGCCAACAAGGCGUAUGCAAUGCCAACAUGGACUCCCGCGAUAUUGUAUGUGUAAUGCCGACUGGCGGCGGGAAGAGCUUGACCUACCAAUUGCCUGCCCUACUAAACCCUGGAUGCACCCUGGUCGUAUCACCCUUGAUCUCCUUGAUUACAGACCAGAUAUUGCACCUUCGCGAAGCAGGCAUCGAAGCUGUGAAGAUCACAGGUGGGACACCGAAAGCAGAGGCUCGUGAGAUCAACAGCAGGCUGGUGGCAAUGGCACAGAAUCGACCAACACAAGGCAGAGAGAUUAAGCUCUGUUAUGUGACUCCAGAGAAGAUCGCUAAGAGCAAGACCUUCAUGUCUAUGUUGCAGAAACUGGUCGAUGGUGGCCGACUCGCUCGGAUCGUGAUUGACGAAGCCCAUUGUGUUUCACAACUCGGCCACGACUUUCGGCCUGACUAUCAAAAGCUCCAUAUACUUCGACAGAACUUCCCACACGUUCCCAUUAUGGCUCUAUCCGCGACAUGUCCCCCACGAGUGCUGGAUGAUCUCUUGCGGGUGCUUGGCCUCAAGGGAGUCGUUGAUGGGAACAAUGCCAAGGUCAACGGAACUGUCUACUUCUGUUCCCCCCUGUAUCGCAAGAACCUUCACUAUAAGAUUCUCCCCAAAGCAGCAGCUCUGAAAGCUCAAAUCACCGCGAUGAAAGAAUACAUACUUGAAAAUCACGCGAACCACACAGGCAUCGUUUAUUGUCAUACCAAGAAGGACGCUGAAAAGGUCGCUGAAGGUUUGAAAGCAGAGAGUGGCGGGAAGAUCAAGACCGGAGUGUACCACGCGGAGAGGGGCGACCAAGAGAAAGAGACAUUGCACAGGAGAUGGAGAAAAGGCGAUGUUCAGGUUGUUUGCGCGACCAUUGCUUUCGGCCUCGGAAUCGACAAAGGGGACGUUAGAUUUGUUCUGCACCACACGCUUUCGAAAUCUCUGGAUUCGUACUAUCAGGAGUCAGGUCGCGCUGGCCGUGAUGGAAAAGAUUCAGACUGUGUGCUAUACUUCCGACCGGCCGACUUCUCGAACCUGAGUAGCAUGAUGGCGAGUGAACGCGGCGGAGCGGAUAAAUUCCACCAUAUGCUUGCAUUUGCCCACGAUCUGGUGGAAUGUCGCAAGAUAGCCUUUGCCAAAUACUUUUCUCAUGCGUCGCAACUGUCGUUGACGUCCUGGGCCACAGCAGAUGCCGAUGCUCUCAGCCGCUGCGGACAUUGCGAUAACUGCAACCGAGAUCCAAAUAGCUUCGAGCGGCGAGAUGCGACGUUGGAUUCAUGGAAGGUCCUUCGCAUCGUGGAUGCUUUCAAGACUUCUGGUACUCAGCUCACCCUGGCUAUGCUCACCGACCUGGCCCGCGGCAACAGUAGCGGCAGGGAUAAGGCCGCGCUUGAUUUGGAGGAUGUGUGCCAAGGCAAGGUCGAACUGACGAAAGAUGAUCUGGAGAGUCUGCUGGUGGAGCUCGUGGUCAAGAAGUAUCUUGUGGAAAACUACCACUCGACAGCAUACAAGACCGUGGCGUACCUCUCCAACGGACCUCUGGCCCUGCAGUUCACGCGCUUCUCCAAACAGAGGCUGGAAACCGACUCACUUGCGCCGAAGCUUGAGUGUUGUUUCAGGACAAAGCAACCGAAGGGUAAAGGAAGGAACAGGGCCAGGGAGAGUAUCGGCAGCAAGCGCAGGCGAGAGCCCGAAAGCGAAGACCACGAGCACAAUGAUUUCUCGGAUGAGGAUAUCGAAGAGCUUGAAGAGCCAGAUUUCUACGGAGAGAUGGAUGAUUUCAUUGUCCCAGACAAGCAACCGAGCAGAAAAGCGAUCGGCUCCCGACGACGACCUUCUAGGGGCUUCGAGGCACUUGACCACAUAGGCUCGUCGGAUGUCGAUGUGUCGUGGUCAUACUCCAUGCGUGACGAUCCCAAAAGUUCACCAACAAAGAGGCGACGUGUUAGCGCUACCACGAACAGUGCUCGGAGCACUGCCAAGUUCGGAAGGAAUUAUGAAAGAGAGGUUAUAGAAUUAUCAGAUUCAGAUUGAAGUGUACAUGGAUGGAUCACAGUCCGCCGACUGAGAUAAUACAGCGAUCAGCGGCAUUCGGGUCCUGGGGACGAGACGCGACGUACGAUAAUCAUACACAAGCUUAGUU